CUCAAUGGAUGUCAGGCAAAAGAGAAUUCUCAUUAUCAAAUUUCGUUGAUUCUGUAAUGGACGUUAUUUCUAAUGGAUUUAGUUCUAUUGUAAAUAACAUCAUGGAGCCUGAUGCAGAAAAUGAUAAAGCAGUGGCUAGCAGAGUUAGCUAUAAAGGAUACCAGCUAUUUCGAAUUCACCCACUUACGCAGAAGCAUACAAACGAGAUAACGGAAGUUUUAGAUAAUUAUCCUGAUGACAUCCAGUUCUGGACGCAUCCUUUUGGUAACAAAUCAAUAGACAUCAUCGUAGCUCCAAAUGUUAUCCAAGAUGUCAAAGACUAUCUUAAAGAGAAUAAAAUUGAAUUUAAAGUUUUAAUGCCUGAUCUGCAGAGAAUGAUAAAUCGGCAAAACCCUAAGGUUUCGAAAGAGCAACGAGACAGCUUUGUCUCAACUCAAGGCCAUCCAAUGUCAUGGAAACGGUAUUGCCGGUAUGGAGAAAUUAUCAAGUUUCUGGACCAUAUAAAGGCCAGUCAUCCUUCGAUGGUAGAGAUCGUGACGAUUGGGUAUAGUUAUGAAGGGCUACCUCUUAAAGUUGUUAAAAUAUCUACAGGAUUGGAUAAGUUGAAAAAUACAAAACCCACGGUUUGGAUAGAUGCUGGCAUGCAUGCACGCGAAUGGAUUGGAACAGCAGUAGCAACAUAUAUAAUAAACCAACUAGUGAAAAAAAAUUCAUCUCAUGUUAAACUUCUGGAUACUGUAGAUUGGAUGAUUCUACCUAUUGUCAAUCCUGAUGGAUACGAGUUCACUCAUACUAAUGAUAGGCUUUGGAGAAAGACUCGAAGCAAUUAUGAUGAUGAUAGUGAAGAAAGUAGUAGGUAUACUCCAACUGGACUAUUCUACUUUGUCUAUCAUCAUAUCAAGUCUUUGUGGUCGAGAUGUGAUGGAGUAGACCCUAAUAGAAAUUUUGAUUAUCAUUGGGGGCAGAACGAAAAAAGAAGAGGAGGUGCAAGUUCGAAUCCUUGCCAUGAAACGUACAAAGGCCCUUAUGCAUUUUCUGAACCAGAGACCAAAGCUAUGGCUGAUUACAUCAUGGCUAAUCGAGAUAAAAUCAAAUUAUACCUAACACUUCACUCUUAUAACCAAAUGUGGCUUGUUCCAUGGGGACAUACUUAUGAAAAACCUGCUGAUUAUGCUGACUUGGUCAGUAUGGCUAAGAAGGCUACGAAAACUAUUUCCAAAGUCUAUGGAACCAAAUACAAAGUUGGGUCAUCGGCUGAUUUAUUAUAUCCAACAACAGGAGCUUCUGAUGAUUGGGCUAAAGGAGUAGCAGGUAUCAAAUAUUCUUAUACGGUAGAAUUAAGAGAUCGUGGAGAUUAUGGAUUUUUGCUACCAGCAGCACAGAUUCUACCAACAGCGAGAGAAACUUGGGCAGGAAUUCGAGCUAUAGCACGUCUAGUUGCAGCCAAAACUUAAUGAUAAAUUGAAUUAUAAUUUAUUUAAUAAUUAAUUAGAGACAAAAAAUAUUUUUUGAUUGAUCUCAAAAAUAAUGUACUGAAAUACGAUUUUUUA